UGAUUGUCAAUGUAAACAAUUUGAUAAAUGGUGUUGUUUCAUUUAAUGUCAUGAUAUUUAGCGUUUCCUUAUUUACAAAACCAAUCUUUUCAUCAUGGUGAAACAAACCAUUCAAAUAUUCUCUAGAAUCAAACCAACAAAAUCAAAAGCUGGGUUAUAUCACAUCGAUGAAGAUGAUGAAGGAUUACCCAGACUCACUUUUAACAUUCCCAGAGACCUUGCUGAGGGAUUUAUCAACAACAAAAAAGAAAAUUAUAAAUUUAGGUUUCAAAAAGUGUUUGAUCAAAACUCAAAGCAAGAUGAAAUUUUUGACAAUGUUGCAAAGCCAGUUAUAGAUAAUGUGUUGCAAGGAUACAAUGGAACAAUCUUUGCUUAUGGACAGACCGGGAGUGGGAAGACAUUCACCAUCACUGGUGGAGCAGAGAAGUACAACGACAGAGGAAUCAUUCCCAGGAUGCUCUCCUAUAUAUUCGAAUAUUUUGAGCAGAACUCAGAUCGGGCCUUUACGGCUCAUAUCUCGUACCUUGAGAUCUACAAUGAGAGUGGCUAUGAUCUGCUGGAUCCAAAACAUGAAGCUGCAAAAUUAGAAGACUUGCCAAAGGUGAGCCUACUGGAGGAUUCAGACCAGAACAUCCACCUGAAAAACUUGUCUGUGCACCAGGCCAGCAAUGAGGAGGAGGCACUAAAUCUGCUGUUCCUUGGGGAUACAAAUAGAAUGAUAGCUGAGACCCCUAUGAACCAGGCGUCCACCCGCUCCCACUGUAUAUUUACUAUUCAUCUGACCUCGAGGGAACAUGGCUCUGCCACCCUACGUAGAGCCAAACUUCACCUGGUGGAUUUGGCUGGUUCAGAGAGGGUGUCAAAGACUGGAGUUAAUGGCGUGCUGCUAGCGGAGGCGAAAUACAUCAACUUGUCUCUACACUUCCUGGAACAGGUGAUUAUCUCGCUGUCAGACAAGAGUCGUUCACACAUCCCAUACCGUAACUCAAUGAUGACCUCAGUGCUACGAGACAGUCUCGGGGGAAACUGUAUGACCACCAUGAUCGCCACAUGCUCCAUAGACAAGAGGAACAUGGAUGAGUCAAUAUCCACAUGCCGUUUUGCGCAGCGUGUGGCCAUGAUCAAGAAUGAUGUGAUGGUAAAUGAGGAGAUGGACCCCAAACUUCUUGUGCAGAAACUCAAGCGCGAGAUCCAGCAACUCCGGGAGGAACUUGCCAUGGCAACUGGGGAACAGCGUACAGAUGAGUUGUCCCCAGAGGACCUUGAUAGGUGUGAGGAUGCUGUGAAGGCAUACCUGGCUGAUGCUGAUCCAGAGGCCAUGAUAAAUGUUGGCACUGACAUGAGGAAAAUACACACAUGCUUCAGAAUACUUAAGAAGCGAGUGUUGGAGCGCCCCAGUCCUUCCCCACACAAGCCUCCUACGCCAGCCCCGAUGGAAGCCCCUGAGCCUCCUGUAGACACAGGUCCAUACAGUGAUACAGAAAACAACAGGCUUAAACAGCUUGUGGUCCAACGGGACAAUGAAAUCAAUAUUUUGGUAAACAUGUUGAAGAAGGAGAAGAAGCGCGUAAAGGAUGCCUCCCUGCAGCUCGAGAAGCUCGGGCAACGGCCUCCUUCCAGCGCACGUGGUGAGGGGUACAGUGAAAGUUUUUCCACAUCAACAAGUGAAAGUCGAGUGAAUGGUCACGUAUCAGCCGGGUCACGGGCAAACACUGGCAACUCAGAUGACUGGAGACGACCACCUGUAGGUGCACCUAUCAAUCAAGAAAAACAGAGACAGCGAAGGGAAAAUGAUGCAAAAGUCAAAAAAAAAAUAUUAGGAGACAUGUCAGUGGGUCGUCAGGAAGCAUUUGAGUUAUUCCGGCGGGAUUACCAUGAGAAUCAGAAGAUAGAACACAACAAGCAGGUGCUCAAACAGUGUUAUGCCGAGGCGAAGUCACUCGGAGAGAAAGUCAACACUCUCAGACAUUCUAUCAAUCAUUUGAAAAGUCAAAUAGAACAUCACAGGAUGACAAUUGCAAUGCAAGGUCUGAGUGAGUCCCAAAGCCUGGAACCAGAUGAGGAGGAGGUGAGGCUGAGGGGCCGGAUGGAGGAGGAGAAGGCCAGUUACAAGGAGACAUUUAACCGUCUGAAGACAUUGAAGACAGAGAUAGAACACCUACAGCACUUGCUGGAGAAGGCCAAGGUGAAACUGAUGAAGGACUUUGAGCUCUGGUGGGCAGAUCAGGUCUCUCUCUCACAGCAGCAAGAGAACCAGGGCAGUGUGGGAAGUGGUAACACAGGUACAGUGCGGAACGCAUGGGCGACACCACCAGCCAACAUAUCCAGAGGUCGGACCCCCUCCCCUGCCCCUUCAGACACCUCCCAGGGGGGCUUGCCCCAGGGUGGGAGACUUGGGCGUGUCAGAGGAGGGGUUGCAGGCAGUAUAGCUACGCAGCUGCGGGCUUCCAAUAGUGCUGAUGGGCGGAUAAAUGAGGAGAGCCCGCCAAGAAAACAGUUACUUGGCAGCAGCAGUAGCACAAGGUCCAGUCCAUCAGGUCUCCGACUGACAGGGGAUCCUCAGGCAGAUGCUGACAUCAUGGCCUUUGUCAAGGCCAGACAGAACAUACUACAGCAAACCCAGAAGCGAUGACAGCCUUAUCAUGGAAGGAAUGUGAACUCAGAUAAGAGAAAAUGCCUGCCGAGGCUUAAUGAACUGUGGUGCAACAUGAUGGAUUAUAUGUGUUCCAAACAUAUCAAACUAUACUGUGUUGAUGCACUCCAUUGGUGCAUUAACUUCCAUAGCAGAAAACAAUAAUGUGGAGGCGCUACAUUUAUUCAUUAACUUCCAUAGUAGAGAUCAAUGUCUUACCGUUUGAUUAUGUACCAUGUUAGAAGUGCUUUGUAUACUGGACAAAAGAACAAAGUCUAACAUAACAUGACAGUAUCCUUUAGAAAUUUCAGUUUUGUCAGUAUAAUGUCUAUAGCAUGAAUUGAUAAGCAAUGUUGUUGGUACCAUUUGUUAACUGUGGUAGUAUUGCUUGAGCCAGGUAUUAUUGCUUUUUAAUUGCUCAGUCAUUUUAUAUGUAUAGAUUUGACCUUAUAAAGGUGUUUUCAUAUUUAUUCAAAAUAUUCUUCUUUUAGAAUAAAAUAAUGUGACAUUGAAUGAUUAUGACAAAGAAUCCUAUUGCAGCAGUCAGGUUAUCGAUGAAAACAAGAUUUAUCCAGUGAUCAGAUAUUAUGUGAUGUACAAACAGCUGAUCACGAUAAGUCAAAGUAAAUUAGUGACCCUUUUUGAGUGUAUUUCAACAUAACAAAGAAUGGAUGCUUAUGAGGCACAAUACUUAUCAAACAUUGGAAAUCACAAGACUCAUAUUAGCUGACAAUGUCACAAAUGUGUUGAAAUGUCCGUCCUUUAACGUUUAUAAGAAUGUGAUCCAGUAAAUCAGCAACUGCAGAGCUUUCCCUUCACUCCCAAGUUCUUGAAGCCUUCUUAUAUUUCCAGUAUGAUGAAGGGUUGUGGUCAUUGAAUAAUGUCAGCCUGUGCAUGUAAACUAGCCUGAUGUUCUUGUCCUCACUUAGGUAAAUCAUUGUGUUAUAAAAAAUUCUUAGGCUGAAGAAUGAACUUAGAAUGAAUAUUUCUUUCUGCACUCAUAAUAUGGCUUAUACCUACAGUGUAUAUCUGCUGAUGUUUGUGCAUAUAAUCAUUUGGCUCGUCUUUUUAGCUUGACUAUUUGUAGUUGAAGGAGGCUUUAUUACUCACCCCUGUAUGGGUUGGUGUCGGCAUCCGGUUAGAAUUUUAGGGUAAGUUGGCAAUCUCAGUUAUAACUUCAUUACCCUUUAUUCAGUUCACUUUAAACUUUUUUUAACAGUUUUUCAGGACCAUCACACAAUUAGGUUACAUAUUUCCAUAUUAACCCUUUUAUUAUGGCCUUGAUUGACUUUUGAAAAAAACAAACACUUCUUUUCUAUUGCUUUUGACAGGCAAAUUUCUAAUAUUUUUCACCAAAGUUAGAUCUGGUUAUUAGAAUGGUGUACGCUGUUGUUAGGGCGGGCCCGAAUGAGUGUCAAACUCACCUAUUGUAUAAAACAAUUUUAGUUAGGUUUGACAAAUGGUGACCAGACUUGGUAUAUAAAUGUAUGAGAAGAGUUUAUGAAGACCUUUCAUGGGAUUGCAUAAUUGGCCCUUAGGGUCAAGGUCACUGUUACUGAAAAUAGAAAAGUAGUUGGUAAUGAAUAACUUUAAUAAGGGUUGACAUAAUUUCAUUCAAACUUUGUAUAUAGGAAGAGUUUAUAUAGACCUUUCAUGGGAAUGUGUUUAGAGCUCCGUGGUCACGUUCAAAGUCACUGUUGCUAAAAUAGAUAAAUGGUAAGUAAAUUAAUAACUUUUGUUUUGGUUGACAUAUUGUGAGCAAACUUGGUAUAUAGGAAGAGUUUAUAAAGAUCUUUUAUGGGUUUGUAUAAGGGGCUCCUAGGGUCAAGGUCACUGUAACUAAAAUAGAAAAAUGGUUGGUACUGAAUUACUGUAGUUAGGGGUGAUAUAUUGCAACCAAACUUGGUAUAUAGGAAGAGUGUACUUAGAACUUUCAUGGGAUUGAAUUUGGGACCCUAGGGUCAAGGUCAAGGACACUGUUACUAAAAAUAGGUAACCAUUUGGUACUGAAUAACUUUAGUUAGGGUCGACAUAUUGUGAACAAACUUGGUAUGUAAGAAGUGUUUAUGGAGGACUUCCAUGGGGUUGCAUUUUGGGCCCCUAGGCUCAAGGUACGGUCACUGUUAAUUGAAGUAGAAAAAAAACCCAGUUAAAACUGAAUCUCACAACAAAGGCUUAAGUUCUUCUGUCAAUCACCUGGUUUCGUUGCAUUGCGGCAUUUCUUACUUUUUAAUUUAUCAUUUGUUUUUGACAGACACAUAUUAAAUCAUUAUUGUAUUCAUUUCUAAGACAAAACGAGAUAUAGUCGAGCGCACUGUUCUAUGGCAGCACUUGUUUUCAAUUGAAAAAAGCUCUAGAAUUGGCAUAUUCAUAGUAUUUGUGUUUUUGGCAGCGGCCUGGUAGUCAUUGGUAUCAUGGAAAAAAACAUUAUGUUGCCUUUUACUUGGAACCUGAUAUUUACAUUAUCUCAACAUAUCUUGAUAUACAGGCAACUUAUAAAUAUGCCAGGUUUAAAUUGUUUCAUAUGUUUAUGCUUAAUGCAUAAUUUACAUUGAUAAAUGAUUUACUUACUGUAGCAAGUCCCAUAACUCUGGCUUAAACAUUUGUCAAAGGUAGGAUUUUUGUUGAACCUGAAAGGACAAUCAACGAGUGGUGACAUCACCUGGAGGGUGUCUUGUUUAUGCAAGUCUAGUAAAUACUUAUAUACAAUUAUAAACAUGCAAUGCCUGAAUGUAAGAUUGAUCAUGAGAAAGAACUCCUUCUGCCUAGAUCAUAUCACACUUUUUCAAAUACAUUAAUGUUAAAAUAUGAAGUUUGAUAUUAUGUAUAAGAAAAAGAAAAACAUUGAAUGAUAUAUAAAGUAAUUUUUCAAAUUAGAAUUCACCCAAAAAUUGGAGUUUUAAAUUGCAUUAUUCCAUUCAUAUUUUUAUGGUGCUUACCUGUAAAUAACGAACCAAUUGACAUAAAGUAAGUUGGCUUAUACUUACAGUAUUACUUAAACACUGCUGAUUGUGUACCGGUAUUAAAAAAAUAAUGCUAUUUUCUAAGGGAAUCUUUAUUGACAUUUAAGGUUUAAUAUUUGACAAGGACUUGUAUAAUCUACUGCCUACAGCUGUGAUAAGAAACAAAGAUUUGAUUUAUUUUGUUGUUUUCCAUUCCAUGUUAGUGAUAUUAUAUUAUUGUUUUAGUGUAGUGUUUAUACAUGUACAUUGCCAUGUGGUUCAAGUAAAUACGUAGUUUUGUAUAUAUUGCACAACUUUGUGUACUUAUUUAUUGAUAUAAAUGAAUAAAAUACAGUGGACCAAGUCA